UUUUUUCCCCAUUUAGGUUGGUUUGUAGAUAUAAGGGAGGGACCCUUUGCUUUCUGAAGUAAUGGGAUCUCAAGGUCAGCUGGAAGCUAGACCAAGAGAUGAAGCACAGCCCUCUUCCCUGUCAUCAUCUGGCUCCUUUCUGUCAUCCAUCAAGAAUGUCUUCUUUGUUGUUGGAUCUUCAGCCAUCAUCUUUAUUGCUUGUCGCAAUUCCAUCACUUGGCAUGCACAACAGUUUUGGGGAGCAUCUGCUGACUUUUGGGAAGCUCUGUGGGGAGCAUUUCUAGAUAAAUUCAUCCAAAUUUUUGGGGAAGAAGACCUGGGUUUUAAACUUUUUCUUUAUGGAACUCACAUUCUUGGAUUCAUAGUGUAUUGGCUCUUUGGAACCAUAUACACAAUUAUGGAUUUGACUUUGAAGCCUGAGUUCAUCAGGAAGUACAAGAUUCAGCCAGGGUUCAAUGAACCUGUGGAAAAGAGGAAGGUUGCCAAGGUUAUUGGAUGGGUACUCUUCAAUCAGAUUGUUGUUGGCAUGCUUUUCUCUAUGAUUGCCUACCCCCUUAUUGCAUGGCGUGGAUUCAACAUGGACCGCAAGCUCCCCCAUUUUGAACAAGUCCUCUUUGAACUGAUCAUUUGUAUCCUUGCUGAAGAAAUUGGAUUCUACUACUCCCAUAGGCUUUUACAUCACAAGAGUAUCUACAAGCACAUCCAUAAGAUGCAUCAUGAAUGGACAGCACCCAUAUCCAUCACUGCAGAAUACUGUCAUCCAGUUGAGCAUGUUUUUAGCAACCUUCUUCCCCCACUUCUUGGAGUUCUCAUUACAGGAUGUCAUAUAGCAACAGCAUAUCUAUGGUUCUCCUUGGCCAUUAUGUCAACACUGAAUGCCCAUUCUGGCUACCAUUUUCCUUUCUUCCCAUCACCAGAGUCCCAUGACUUCCAUCAUCUUAAGUUCAACCAGUGCUAUGGAGUUCUGGGAGUGAUGGAUCGUUUCCAUGGCACAGAUGACCUCUUCCGUAGAAACAAGGCAUAUCAGAGGCACUUUCUGUUCUUGAGCCUUGUUCCCUUGAGGGAACAGAUUCCUGAUGACCCCAAGUCCUGUAGUGGGAAAAGCAAAUAGGCUUAUUGUAUCUGUGCCAGUACCACCCAUUAAGAACAUCAGUGAAUUGGUGCUUCUUUCUGCUGUAUAUCCAUAUGCUUGCUGCAAUAUUCUAUUACUUGUAUAUCAACAAAAGGGUCUGUGAUAAGUCAGUUUUAUGAGGGUAUAUAGCAAUCAAUUGUUGUGCAAGUGCAUGAUCAAGACUGAGUUACGGACAAAAGGAUGGUUAGAGUGCAAAGCAAUCAUAUCUUUGUUCAUUUUUGUAUUGGGAAACAUUUCUGUACUCAAUUUCAUGUGUCUCUGCAUGGAGUGGAAAUGUUGAGUGGGACUACAGGACAAUGGCUACUUAAAAAAUGAAGGCAUUUCUUUUUUAAUAGGAACUUGAGAGGCAAUAAUGAAAUACUCUAUAAAUAGUAAAGAACAUUGAAAAAUUAUCUACAGCAUGAGAUUUUCAGUCUUCAAUCAACAUAUGCAUAUUCUCUACAAUGAUGCUACUUUAGUUAUAUGAAUGUGCCCUGGGUUCAUUCCUGGCCCUUACAGCCUAGAUCCAUUUAGUAGUUGCACUUACUUCCAAGAUGCCAUGCAGCCCACUGAUUCUUGCAGUCGUGGGAGAUUCUUGCGGGAAUGCAUUUAAUGCAUCCACUACUGACUGAUGCGUUGCCACUCCCUCCUUUUGAAAUCAUUGAAUUUUCAUACUGGGCACCUGCUUCAUAAGUUUUCAUUUAAUGCUACAAUAUACAGUGAAAAUAAAUCCCUUCUAACUCAAA